AUGGUUAUAAAUGAACUUAUGCCGCAAAUGAGUUUUGUGGGAGGGUCGACGUCAGUCGUCAGCGACAUGGAUAGGAGCAUUCUCCUGGCAGCUUCUUUAUCGGUUUGCACGGCAGCACUUUCGAUAAGUGAGUCGAAAUUUGUUAAGCAGUUUUCUGAAACUAAUCCUCCAGUGUUUCAGAACAAAUCGUUUGCCUUCAGCUGCGUUGGGAGAUGUGCCUCCUCAAGCACCUGCCGAGCCACCAAUGUUCUUUUUGCCCAGAAAAAAUGCACCUAUUACACCUUUGAAGAUUUAGAAAAUCUGUCUGGCUUUGAUGAUGUCCUGUAUCGCAAGACAUAUCCUCCAAUACCCGAAUGUCAGAAUGGAGGCAUCUGGUCAGACACUACCAAAACAUCCUGUGACUGUCCUGGCAGCUUUACUGGAACAUAUUGUGAACGCUACUGGGAUGAUUGUUCCGAGGGAUUCAGAAUGAACAUAACAGAACAUGGAGUUUAUACCAUUCAGCCAAGGCCUUAUGAAACACCUUUCCAAGUGCACUGUAGAAUGAUGUUCGGUGGACGUACAUCUGUCCAGAAGCAGUUGUCUGGCAUCGACUUCUACAGGACCUGGCAGGAGUACAGAGACGGAUUCGGGACUCCUGGGGGAGAUCACUGGUUGGGUUUGGAGAAGAUGAAAGCCAUCAGUGAUAAGACCCCAAGCAAAUUGAUUCUGAGGUUGACAUAUGAACAGUCUCCAACAUGGAGACAGAUUAUUUACAACUAUUUUAAUCUGUCAGACGAGCUAGAUGGUUUCACGUUUGAUUUUAUUGGUACUAAAGUACCACAGGAGAAUAAUGCAUUCAGCGAGGCCAUGACUGAUCUGAGAGGAGCCAGGUUCAGCACCAAGGACAGAGACAAUGAUGAAGACCCUACUGGAAACUGCUCCCAGAAACAUCACUCUGGUUGGUGGUUCAGAAACUGCACCUUGUGUAACCCUAACGGUCAGCUUAAGCCAAUUCCCAACACAGCAAGUGAUCCUGAUGACGUUUUCUGCGGUGGAGAUACAAGGGGUGUGAAAGAGACGUCUAUUUCCAUAGGUGCACACUAAUUCUUAUAUCAUUACAUCCGCAUUUUUUUCUAAUAUUUGCGUAGAAUACAUUUUUAAAAAUUCUAUCUUUCGAACCCUUCAAGAUUGCUCACGAAUAACAGAAAGAUCAUGAGUGAGUGAAGCUAAACGUUUCUUUUACUAAUAAACCAACAUUAUAACCGGAAACACCAGAAAUGUGCUUCACACAUGUUCCUCUGUGGGAAUCGAACAUGGAACUGUAUAUUUCUAACUGGGCCUAUGAUGUACCUUGAGAUAUAGGACAUUGCUGUUAAAUAUGUUGAUACGCUAUUUCUAAAGUCGAUGUUUAUCAAACAUAUAUUAAUCAAUGAUUUUUGUCCUCGUGAUCAAAACCAAGCGGGGUCACUGACACUAUCAAUGACGCAUACUCGUAUACAACACUCGUUUUUUCAGAAAUUGAAAUAUUUAAAACAAAUUAAUUCAAUGCAAUGUCAAGUCACCAAUAUCAUAACUCAAUGCAUGUUAUCGUAUAUUAAUUAACUUUAAGCGUGUUGAGAUAGCAUGCGUAAGUACCUGUCUCAGGUAGAAAAUUAUAACGGGUGUAUAUCUAAUAGAGAAUCUCACCCGAGUGUCUUUUGAUAUCAAAUAUAUCAACACGAGUUGAUAAAAGUGGA